AUGAGUGAGCCAAUUACAGCUACGGAUGACAUGGGCAAAUCGUUACGCUUGGCCCGGCGGUACGCAAUGGAGUCUAACUACGACGUUGCAGUAGCUUUUUACACGGGGCUUGACAAGGACCUCGAGGCAUUCGUGCAGUGCUCCGGAAAUGCCCCGGGGCGGGCCAGAUGGGUAUUACUCCGGGAAAAGGUUGCAGAGGAGUGCUCGCUGGUGCGCUCCUUACAAGAAGAACUGAAGGCGCUUGUGAAUCCAGCAGAUGCGGCGCGGCUUGAACGAGUGCAAAGGGAGGCUGACAGCACUCAAUUGUCACAAAAGGCAUCGUCUUCAGGCGCACUUUCGGCACGUGAUGUUACCCCUGUGCGUGUGGCAGUCGCACAACCUGCUUGCCCCCCCGCAACGCGUGAAGGAGUGAAAUUUCUUUCUUCCCUCCCUCCGACGAUACCGCAGUCGUCAUUGGAUGGCCCUGGGGUAAGGAAUGAAUUGCUAUAUGGCGACAAGGAUCGCUUUGGCCCGGUUGAGGGGCCGACUGUGAGACAACAAAGAUUCAACGGUGGACAACGGGCACCUAUGCGCCAUAAUUUAUCGAAUGUGGCCUCUCGAACCAAGUCCGCAGGCAGCACGUCCAAUCCAUCCUCUCCUCAUCGCUUAACGGCCAGAGCGAGGGUGGCUACACGGCGCACCGGUAGACCAAAUGGGUGUGAGCGGAAGCCUCAGGGGCAACGGGUCUCAAUUCCACGCUUUCCUGCGCGGGCCGGGGAGGAGGAAUUGGUUUCUCUUAUUGAAUCGGAUAUGAAUGCUGGACCCAUGAAGGUGUCGUGGGACGAUAUAGCUGGUUUAGAGGAAGCGAAGGGUCUGCUAGAGGAGGCCGUUGUGUACCCUGUACUGAUGCCGGAAUAUUUUCAAGGGAUUCGUCGUCCAUGGAAAGGGGUUUUAUUGUAUGGGCCGCCGGGAACGGGAAAAACGAUGCUUGCCAAAGCCGUUGCAUCCGAGUGUAGUACAACAUUUUUUAAUAUUUCUCCAGCCACAUUAACGAGUAAGUGGCGUGGAGAUAGCGAGAAACUUGUUCGUGUUCUUUUUGAGAUGGCACGGCAUUAUGCCCCAAGUACCAUUUUUAUUGACGAAAUAGAAUCUCUAUGCGGCCAUCGUGGGGAUGGGGGUGAACACGAGGCCUCACGACGUGCAAAAGGAACUUUGCUGACGCAAAUGGAUGGUGUGGGGGUUGACACCGGGAAAAUAGUUAUGGUUUUGGGUGCCACCAAUCAUCCAUGGUCCAUUGAUGAGGCUAUGCGGCGGCGUCUUGAGAAGCGUAUAUACAUUCCUCUUCCAGACUUCAACGAUCGGGUGGAGUUGUUUCGCAUCAACAGCAAAUCACUCAAGCUGUCCCCAGACGUUGACUUUGAGCACCUGUCAAAGAAGCUUGAGGGCCGUCAUUACAGUUGCGCCGAUAUUACAAAUUUGGUGCGUGAUGCGGCCAUGAUGACAAUGCGACGUCUUAUGGAAGAGAUGGAUAAAUCCGAGCUCAAGCGACGGGCGGCGGAGAUAAGCAAAACUGUCGCCGACCAACCAACCACAAUGAAUGAUUUCUUAAGUGCGGUGAAGAAUGUUCCCAGCAGCAUUAACGUAGAACAAAUUCAGAAGUUUGAAGCAUGGAAAAAGGAAUUCGAAACAAAUCCGUAG